UCGGCUAUUGUGCCUACGUACUGUAUCUAUGCAGAUCGUGCUGCUGCUGCUGACUUUUUGUGCGACGGGGGGAAGAUUACGAUAUUUUUUCGUAUUCUGAGCUCGUGUGGAGUGGGGAGGGAGGGGCGUGAGUUGCUUUCGGAGCGUGACUUGUGGUGUGUGUGCGAGUGUUUAUGCGCUGCGGUGUGACGGAGGGAUGGACCACCACAGCGGCAACCGGUGACUCGUUUCGGGACGGUGGUGGUGUUGGUGUUGGUGGUGCUGGUGGUGAUGAUGGUGAUGGUGGUGAUGGUGAUGGUGGUGUCGGUAUCGGUGAUGGCGGCGACCGGCGAGAGCGAGGGAGGGGAGGAGAAGUAGCUCUAGGCCAGCCAGACAACCAGAGUGUGCGUGUUCGGCAGUCCCCGCGGGACCUCGAUAACGUUUUACGCAGGAGUUCUAUCUCCCAGUACCUCCUAGGAGAAAGGAGGGAGGGAGGAAGGGAGGGAGGGAGUGGGAGGGAGGAGCGGUGCGCGAAGACCGACCGGAAUAGUUUAAUGUGCAAGAAACAGGGGCUCCCGUCGGAGUGCUGACCGUCUCUGGACGUGUGACUAACAUGAUCCCAUACAACACCGUCAGUCAACACCGUCAAUACGGUCAACAAGGUACGGUCAACACGGUCAACGAUCAACUGCAUCGGACCACAUGAGAUUCGGGGGAGACAAGGACCUCAAGGGAGCCCCAUGAUGAGACUCCUGAGUGUCUUGGGCGAUACGCCCUGUUUAUUCUCCGUUCGAUCGCCCUAGGAGAAUUUCUGGUACUAUAUUCUAUAUUAUCUGUCGUUCUUGAUUGGGAUAGAUGAACACGUUCCCCACAGUAUCAUCGACGACGGCGCCAGGAGGAAAUUCCCCAUCUGCGGGAACACGUCCGAAUGCACGGGAAGCUGCACGGGAAAUAGGCACAGCACACCAACGCAGAAGCAUCCAUCCUUCAUCGACGGUCAACGGUCAACGGUCCACGGUCAAGCACAAAUCGGCGCGGCUUCAUUCUGCUGCCGUCACUGUGCACGUACAAGUACAGUAGGAGGUAGUCGAAACUCUGCAAAACUCCAUCGGAUGCAGUAGUCCUCUCACUCAUGAAUAUCAUCUCCUGACGCUGCUCGAGCGUACCUGCAUCAACUCCCUCGGCUCCAGAAGUCCAGAUCCUCCAGCCUGUUCUGGUUGGCACAAGUCCGUCGCGCUGUGGAACACUGCGAUUGGUGCUGCUCGCUUGCUCGAUGAAACUCUUCGCUACGCCACCCACAGCUCCGCAAUGCUAUAUAUGCAGCUUGGCGCCGAAGACUUUGCAAUAUGGACGACGCUCCUGAUCAUUUACUCGACAACAUCCUCUCGCGUG